AUGGCUAGGGUAUCCAGACUAAGAUGCCGUCAGAAAAAAUUGAAGGCUUAUGAUCUCUCUACUCUAUUAGAGUUUCUUCCCUCGGUGUCAGAUGCUUCUCAGCCACGGCCUCUGCAUGAAAAAAAUUUGAAACUGAACCACAAAUCUAGGCAGAAGCUAGUAGAGAAGGAAAGCAACCAGUUGAGAGCAGUCCUUAACCACCCUAUUUUCCAAUCCGACCCGCUAUCUGCCAUUCAUCAGCAUCUUGCAAGAACACAACCUUUGCCAGUAAGCAGCCAGGAGAAACGUUCAGGCAGGACGGACAAAAAGAAGAAGAGAAAACGUUCUAAGGUUUCGUCAGGAACUGACACGUUAUUGAGGUAA